GUUGUCUUCCCUGACCUCAGAAGUAUCUAUGACGUCCGACAUAAGUGAGCAAUCAGCAGUCAGCGACACGUCAGUGGUGAGCAGCACGUCAGAGAUCUCAAAACAAUCCGCACAAUCAAUGACGUCACCAGGAUCUGACUCGAGCUUGGCGUCAGAGCAAUCCGUUACGUCAGAGGUUUCAAAAACGUCAGGCACAUCUGCACUGUCAGAGACGUCCCCACAAUCGGAGUUAUCAAUGACGUCACCAGAAUCCAUGACGUCUGAGCAAUCGGACACGUCAGAUGUAUCUCUGACGUCAUUACUUAGCAGAAUCAGCCAAACGUCAGCCAUAUCCGCGAGCGGCACAAGCCAGACGUCAGCCAGUAGUGAGAGCUCGCUGACCAGCGCUGAAAUAUUCUGUGUUCUGGACUGCAGCAACGCCCCCUUUGGAGAUUUUGCCGCUUGUGACAACUGUGUGGAAUUCUACAGGUGCGACAGCGACAACACAGGAGAACGCCGGUCCUGUUCCAACACUCUGUUGUUCAACCCAGUCUCAGGGCAGUGUGACCAGAGCGCAAAUGUUGUCUGCGCAACCACUUCCCUGACUUCUCCGACGUCAGCAGUGUCAGACACCUCGUUGGUGUCCGAACAAUCAGUGACCACUAUGACCUCGAGGGUGUCGCUGUCGCCCAGCAGUGUGACCUCGCCGACCUCUCAGACAAGCGUCCAGUCAGCGACGAGCGAACCUGUCUACUGCGUAAACUCGUGCUCCGGCGUACCCGCAGGAAACUAUCCUGCGUGCGGCGAUUGUAAAGCCUUCUACAGGUGUGUGUCUGCCGGUACAGGCAGUCUCGAGAUGUGUGGGACAUCCCUGAUGUUCAACCCAACCAACCAUCAGUGCGAUUUGGCGGAAAAUGUAGUUUGUGCAACCACAUCUGCGUCAUCGCCAAGUUCCGAGUCUUCAGCCACGAGCGACAUGAGCCCGAUCAGUAUGACCAGUAUGACCUCAGAGACAACGCUUACGUCGGCUACUAGCAGUUUUGUCUUUUGUCUCACUGGUUGUGACGCGUUCCCAUUCGGCCGGUACCCUGACUGCGACAACUGCAAAAAUUUCUACGACUGCCCGGGUGGUGGAGCAGCAGGAGAGCUCAGGUCUUGCUCGUCCAUGCUGCUGUUCGAUUCCACCACAUCCCAGUGUGCUAUGGAUUCCGACGUGACUUGUUCAACAACUUCCGCUUCCUCGGCGACCUCUGCUACCUCUGUAACGUCAGAGCAGUCCGAGCAGAGCGCAAUGGCGUCAUCUACUUCUGUGAUCAGUGAAACGUCCAGACAGUCAACGACAUCACAGAGCUCAGAGACCAGCGAGGCGAUUAUUUGUUUAACCUUCAGUUCUUCCGUCUGCCAAGACAACGGCAUCCCUGCUGGAGACUAUGGCGACUGCGGGAACUGCCAGCUGUACGUGCGCUGUACCCUGGGUGGUGAGAGCAGCCAGGGCGACUGUGGCGCGGGUCUGUCCUUUAACAAGAACACACAGUUGUGUGACAUGCCCGCCAACGUGGUCUGCUAACAGGCAUAACCAGACUUCACUUCCGGCGAAAUGACAUCACCAUAACAAGGCCACAGUCAGAGCAGUCCUCGGAUUUCUACAUUUUGUAAUUUGAUUGUGUUUUUGUGCAUUAUGAUGGGAGACUCAAAAAAAUUCAAGAGCCAUUUUUGGACUCUCACUUCUUCAGUGGCACGAAUAAUCCUGGCAACUAAAUGAAACUACAAGAGACACACUCACUUUUAACUAAAGAAAACGUGAACCUUGUAAUUUCCCCAUGUUUGAAUACUUAAAAUCUCAUGUUAACUACGAUAUUAUCAUACCGAAGUGUCAACGUGAAGAAAUUAUGUUGCUUGCAAACUCUUAAUAAAAUUUACACGCUUAAACUGAAAUGUAGAUUUCCUUUUAACCAAAUGCUAAUUCUAUAAUGUAAAAAGUAGAUCCACAUGUACACAAUCUCGAAACGGUUUUUUGUUAAUGUGAACAUGUUGACAUUGUUUUUAGACUUACUUAAAGGUGCCUGUACAGCCGAUGAUGUGUAGUGGAUGAAAGUGUAGUACAUGCAAGGAUUUCUACAUUCAUAACGUAAGUUAUACUGAAAAAGUAGUAACACUCAAUAAUGUGGAUUAUUUGAAGCAAGUCUUUUAUACACUACAUUUCCAUUCGACAUGACGUUUAUCUUUUUCUGAAUUGUUAAGAAUUGAUUUUCCGUUAUUUACAAGCCGAGAUAUUUGUUUUGUAAAUGCAGUAAGAUUAUACUUUUUUUUCACCCCUAUUAUUGCAACCUAUUUAAACAAAGUACAAUAUUCCCAAAGCUCUAAAUGAAUUCAAACUUACUGAACGACGUUUCUGUCUUAAUUGGACGCUCUUGGAUGGUGUUUGAUGAAAUGGUUAUUACGUUUUGUAUGCUUCUCAAUAGUACCAGUGUUUGUUGAUUUCCGGGUCUUUGUUUGUUUCAUUGUUUAUGAAACAAAUAAAUAUGUGACGGACAA